AUGGCGACCAAACAGCCUCUAAAGACGACAUUCGAUGCCAACCGUGUCAUCCGGCCUAUAUUCACCGGCGGCUCUGUCGCGAUCGACAACAAUGCCCAGAUACUGGCCGCUACACUGGGGGAGGAUGCUGUUCUGACGAACCCCGCCAACGGAAGGCAUCUUGCUCAAAUCGAAGGCGAUGGAGAGCUCAUCUCAACGCUAACCUUGACGCCUUCCGGCUCUCAUCUGAUAAUAUGCUCGCGGUCAUUGUCCAUGCGGAUAUUCGCUUUGAGCCACUCCUCCGAUGACGAUUCACUUGACGCCACUCUUAUCCGGACGCUGAAGCCGCAUUCGACCCCCGUCGUGGUCCUGGCUGUCGACCGCACGAGCACAUUGCUAGCAACUGGAGGGACGGACGGGGCGAUCAAGGUGUGGGACAUCGCGGGCGGCUACGUUACCCACACGUUCCGUGGCCCUUCUGUCCUGGUUUCUGCGCUGCAUUUCUUCGAGGCUGACCCGGACGAUGAAGAAGCCGGCAGUCUCACCACGGCUAGGUUCAGACUUGCUUCCGGCAGUCAGGAUGGCAAGGUGCGAAUAUGGGACUUGCACAAGCGAAGCUGCAUCGCCAAUCUAGACUCCCAUGUGUCUAAUGUCACGAGCCUGGACUACUCGCCGGACCAGGAUGCCAUUGUCAGCGCGAGCAGGGACAAGACCAUCAUUUGGUGGGACGCCAAGUCUUGGAAAUUGAAGAAAGUCGUUCCUUGCUUGGAGCUUGUCGAAACGGUCGGGUUCAUGGAUGAGGGCCGGCUCACUUUCUCAGCUGGAUCCAACGGAUGUCUUCGCAUAUGGGACACGGACGUUGGAAAAGAGCUCACCCAGAAGCAGCCAGCCAAGAGCGAAGAAGAGUCCAUCGUGUCCGGUCUUUAUCUGCUUGGUUUACCGUUUAUACUCUGUGUCCAGGUCGAUCACACGCUGGCCCUGUAUGGACUGCCAACAAGGGCCGGUGGGGCAUCGAUCCCUCCGCCGGAACCGCUUCGUCGCAUAUCAGGCUCACAUGACGAGAUCAUUGACCUGGGCUUCCUGCUUCCGGACAAUUCCUUACUUGCGCUUUCUACAAACUCGGAAGACAUUCGAAUAAUCUCCGUGGCCGAGUCCGAGGAUGUGGCUCUGUUGCGGGGGCAUGAGGACAUCAUCAUUUCUCUGGACGUGGACUGGUCUGGCCAUUGGAUUGCGACAGGGGCCAAAGACAACACCGCAAGGCUCUGGCGGAUUGAUCCAUCAAAUCGCUCAUUUACCUGCUGGGCCGUGUUUUCUGGCCACGCCGAGUCUCUAGGCGCGGUGGCCCUGUGCCGCACAGUUCCGGCGGAGGGAACCCCGUCCCGGCUAGAUCCCCUGAACCAUCCACCCCCUUAUGUCAUAACAGGGUCGCAGGAUCAGACGGUCAAAAAGUGGGAGAUUCCGCGGAACCCACAGCAGCAGAGCCAGAAGGCAGGCUCGCGGGCCCUUUUCACGCGAAAGGCGCACGACAAGGACAUCAACGCCAUCGACGUACAUCACGCAGGGCAACUUUUUGCCUCUGCUUCGCAGGAUAAGACUGUAAAAAUCUGGUCGGUGCAGGAAGGGGAAGUCCAAGGCAUUCUUCGGGGGCACAGGCGAGGUGUCUGGUCUGUUCGGUUCUCACCCGCGCAGUUACCGGCCAUACAGACCGAAGACGGCCCAGUCACCGGCAAGGGUGUUGUGAUUACCGGUAGUGGCGACAAGAGCAUCAAGCUUUGGAGCCUCUCCGACUACACAUGCAUCAGGACCUUUGAGGGUCACUCAAACAGUGUGCUCAAGGUGGCUUGGCUGAAGGUGCCCACGGGCCAGGAUCAGCCAAAGAAGGCAGUACACUUUGCCAGCGCUGGAGGCGACGGGCUGGUCAAAAUAUGGGACGCCAACUCUGGCGAGUCUGAGUGCACCCUAGACAAUCACGAGGACAGGGUGUGGGCUUUGGCCGUUCAUCCAGAAACCAACCUGAUUGUUUCUGGGGGCGGUGACUCGACCGUCACUUUCUGGAAGGACACAACAGUCGAAACUCAAGCAGCCGCUUCAGAAGCAGCACUGAAAGUGAUUGAGCAAGAGCAAGAGCUGCAAAACCACAUAUUUGCGGGCUCUUACAGAGAGGCUAUCACAUUGGCCCUUCAGCUGAAUCACCCGGGCCGUCUUUUAAGCUUGUUCACCUCCGUGGUGACGAGCCCCAGCCCGGAGGAGGGAAGCCUGUGUGGACGCAAGGCCGUGGACGAAGUUGUUGCCAACCUUUCGGAUGAGCAGAUUUUUCUGCUUCUCCUCAGGCUGCGGGAUUGGAACACCAACGCACGAACAGCCCCAGUCGCGCAAAAGAUUCUGCGAACGCUCAUCAGAAGCUACCCUGCGUCCAAGUUCUCCAACCUCGCUGUCAAGGGGGCCCGAGGCCAGAAGAGCCUCAAAGACGUGCUGCACGGGCUUCGAGCAUACACUGAACGCCACUACAAGCGUAUGGAGGAGCUUGUGGACGAAAGCUAUCUGGUGGAAUAUACACUGCAGGAGAUGGAUUGCCUCGCGCCGCUCGAGGAGGCGGAGGACACUGUGAUGAGGGAAACGGACGGACAGUUGGACACUGUGAUGGUGGGCUGA